AUGCGAUACGGAGCAACGGGAAUCCUGUCCUGUAUUUCCAAAGGCUCGGAGGGCCCACCCACACUAACCACAAAUGCCGGCACUAUUGGUACAAAAUUCCCUUCACCCGAUGCGCCAACGCAGUUCCAUCCAACUGUUCAACAGAGAUCUAUUCGACAUCCGAGUACCUCCAGCUUCGACCCUGUUGGCACGCACUAUACCCCGAAAGCGCCCUGUUCUGCCCUGCCCACUAGAGUUGCUACUGUCUAUCCAGUCACCGGACUUGCUCCGGAUAAAUUUGAAAAGGAGCAAGUCAAAUAUGGAGAUGAAGUGGAGUCCGUGUUUCCACUGGAUUAA